GUGUGACGUAGUAACUCCGCCUAGAGAGCAUCCUUUCCGUGGCUUGCUGCUGUUGCUUCUCGCGCAUUCCUGAUACCGGUCUGGUGAUUACAUCCCCUUUAAUUACCAGCGCCAUGGCUCGCGGACAACAGAAGAUUCAAUCGCAGCAGAAAAACGCCAAAAAAGCCGCAGACAAGAAGAAAGGGCAGGCUCCGGACCAGAAGGCUGCAGCCAAAGCGGCACUGGUCCACACGUGUACUGUGUGCCGGACUCAGAUGCCAGAUCCCAAAACUUAUAAACAACACUUUGAAAGUAAACAUCCCAAGUCGCCAAUGCCAGCUGAGCUCGUGGAUGUGCAAGCAUAAGAAACAGACACCACGAUGGAGUCAAGUCCAGUAUAGGCCUACCAGUGAAGACAUGAAAGGAAUUUUGGCUUGUUGUGUGUUUGGCUUUGUGUAGAUGACAGGACAUAACCAGAAUCAAUAACUGAUUGUCCACCACCAUGCCAAACCAAAACAGGCCUAAACUUGUGUUUAAAGGUGCUACUGAUUUCAGUAUCUUGCUGUACGUGUAAAAUGAGGAAAAACAGUGCAACUUUUGUCGACAUUCUCUGUUUACCCCCACACCUGCCGUCAUCAUUCAGAUGUGGAGAAGAAAGCAUGUAUCCCUGCUGUCCAAAACCCAAGAAAGAAAGAAAUAGAUUACAUACGAUCAUAUGAUAUAGCAUUCAAUAAUGAAAUGACUCCUGCUUUAAGCACCUGUUCAGCUGUUGGAUUAGUUGGCCAAUAUCAAAGCAAAGGUGCCAUAGACUGUAUGUAUGAGAUUAAUGCAACACGAAUAUUCGCAAAAUUACUUCCUGCAAGAAGCACAUCUAUUUUGUGAAACACGGCCAUCAAUGUACACAUAAAUGUUGUUUUUGUAUUAAAGGUUUUUUAUCAAAAAGUU